UCGAUUUUACCAUAAUUAAAUUUGCAUAAUGUUUAUAAAAACUUGUAGAAUGAAAUAUAAAUAUUUUGAUCUUAAACAAAUACUAAGAAGUUCAUUCAAAAUAUUAAAACUUUCUAAGAGAGAAGUACACGCCGUUCCCAAAGAAGGACCAUGGAGUGUAUUAUUUUUUGGAGUUGAUGAUUUUUCUUUAGAAAGUUUAAAAGGUUUACAUAAACAAUACAAAUUAAAGACACUAUGUCGACUGGAAGUUGUUACGACAGAACAAAACAGGAAACACGAAAUUAGAAAUUAUGCAAUACAACAUGGAAUUACGAUGAGAACCUGGCCUGUAACAUUUGAUAUAAAAGAUUUUCAUAUAGGAGUUGUCGUUUCCUUUGGACAUUUAAUACCAAAACAUAUAAUUAAUUCAUUUCCAUUAGGCAUGUUAAACGUUCAUGGAAGUUUAUUACCAAAGUGGAGAGGAGCGUCACCGGUUACAUACGCUUUAAAAAAUGGGGAUACGCACACAGGUGUUACAAUAAUGAAUAUAUUGCCAAAAAAAUUUGAUAUUGGAGAGAUAAUAGCACAGGAACAAACGAGUAUUCAUCCAGAUGAAACUUUACCAGAAUUACGGUCUAAAUUAGCAAAAAUAGGAGCAAAUCUUCUAAUCGAGACAAUUCAAAAAUUACCAUCGAUAUUAUCAAAUGGAAGACCUCAAAACGAAAAGGAGGCAACGUAUGCUCCCAAGUUUACAUCGAAGAUAUCUUUAAUAAAAUGGGAUGAAAUGUCGGCUAUAGAUAUUUACAAUCUACAACGUGCUCUUAUAGGAUUAUAUCCAUUAACUACAAAAUUUCAUGAUAAAACAAUUAAAUUGUUAGAUAUAAGAAAAAUAGAUAAACCCAGUAAAUUAUCAAAUUUAGAACCAAAUAUACCAGGUGUUGCGAUAUUCGAUAAAAUUAAUAAAAUUUUAAUGGUAAGAUGUAAAAAUGAUAGUUGGAUCUCCGUUGCUAAGUUACGUAUUCCAGGACAUCGAUUGAUGAGUGCCAAUGAUUUUAACAACGGCUUUAUUCUUGGUCAAAAGCAAAAGAUGAUUGUCUUUCAAUAAACAAUAUGUUGCAACACCUUUGAAAUAUACACGUACUAUUUACAAUAAAGAAGAUAUGAUUAACUGCGUUCAUUUUUUGCAAAAUGGAACAAGGACAAUUAUUGUUAUUUUUAUUGUUAUUCAUGAUCAUUUAUAUUUUAAACACAUUCUUUAUUCUCUUGGCACUUUAAAACGGCUGAGAAAAAUAAAAACAAGGUGAAACAUAAGAAUAUACUUUUUUAAUAUUAUUCAAUUAUUUUUAAAAAUUAAAGAAGUUUUUAUUAAUUAAAAAAAAAAAAUUAGCGCGAAUCUUGUCAAGCUGGGAUUAAAUUUUUAAUUAAAAACAAAAAGAGAGAAAAAAUAAGAAAUGAUAUCUUAAUAAGUUUGAUAAAAGGGUGGGAGAAUAUUCUAUAUAUUAAUCAUUAAACAAGGUAAUAUAAUUGUUAUCGAUUAACGCAAAGAGAGAACUGAAGGUAUAACAACAAAAGAGAAGAAAAAAAAAACAAAAUAUGAAAUAAUUCGUUCUAGUUAAAAACGCAUAUUCAAUAUUUGUAAGAAUUAUUUGUUUAGUAAUACUUUUCUUCAGCCUCCGAUUAAUCCUGUGCGCACUCUAUCAUGUCAGUUAAAUGUUUUUCCCAUUAAAUGGAAAGAAUAUAUGAUAUGUUAGUAAAGUUAUCGAUAAAUACGCCACAUGAUCAGAUUUAUACAAUAAUGUAUAAGCGAUUAAUAUAUUGUAUUUUUAAAUCUUAACGUCAUUUUUAAAGUAACGUAAUGAUCGAUAGAUUAGAUAGCUACUUUUGUUUGAUUAUAUUUACUUUCUUAUACUAAUCGUAAAGAAAGGUAAUCUCUUUUUAGUAGCAUAAUCAUUAUCGUCAUUAUCACUUGUCAAUGAUAUGAUAGAAGGAUACAUUUUUCCACAGCAAAAUCUGAUAUUAAUAAUAACAUUUCAGAUUUGGAAAAAUGUCCGAAAUUAUGCAUAAAAAAAAAACAAAAAAAUGUAUUUACAAUGAACCUCGAGUCGUUGUUCAUCGUUGUUAACAAUAGUAUUAGUUAUGAAGUUCACAAAAUAGAGAUAAUCCAUAUUGUUUCAUUGCUCUCUCUCUCUUCCUCUCUAUUUCUUUCUCUUUCUCAGUUUUCGUGAAAUAUUUA